CAAAGUGUUUCCAACAUUAUUGAUCAACUUUUCACUAGUAUUUACUCUGUAACCUUUUCUGUGUUAUUCCAUUCCACAUGAUCGGUGAUGGUAAACCCUGGGAAUGUAAUUCAGAAAAUUAUUUACUGUUGUGCCUAAUAUUUUAAAAGUUGGAAGACUGAUCUUGGCUUAAAGUGUCUUUGAUCCUUAAUUUGGGAAAAGAAACAAAACUUUAAUAGAAAGAAUCAAUUUUCAGACUGAACAGAGAAAAUUGAUACCUUCUAAAAAAUUUUGGUAAAUACAAACAUAUAUUUUAAGUUCUCUAUGAAUUCUCUUGAGUUCUUGUUAAGCUAUCCCGUGAAGUAAAAGCUUAAACUGUUAGGCAAUGGAUCACAAUGUAUACAGGCAAAUCACAAAUUCUCUAUGAACUCUCUUGGGUUCCUGUUAAACUACCACGUAACUUAUGUGUCGUAAGAUCUUAAGCUACUAGGCUAACACCCUUCCUCACAUGCAAUAAAUAGAUGGGGAAAUGUUAAUAACCAGAGCUAAAGACCUCUAGUUAAUUAGAGAUUGGAUACCAUAUUAAGCUAUCAUGUGAUAUAAAGGCUUGAAUUGUUAGGGAAUGGACCCAUAUUGUAUACCAGGCUAACAGUUCCAAACAACACUAUUGAAUCUGAUGAUGAGGUUGAAAACCAUUGCUAAUAGAUUGCAGUCCAGUGGCAUAUACUUUUGAGAUAGGAAAAGCAAGUUGAGUGCGGGACCAAUAAUGAAUUAUUAGGUGGCAGCAUUAUGAUCACAGACUCCUGUUAAUCCUACAAUUUUUGUGUCAUUGUCACUUUUCUUGACCUUUCACCCACCAUUCCAAGUUCGAAGUGAUGCUCAUCCACCUUCCCACCCACCAUUAUCCAGUCACCCUGAAUAGUAGUCUUUCACAUUUCACUGGUUUUUCUGGUCGAUGUGUACUUUUUCAGGGUUUUGAAGAUCAACUUUUAAGCAUUCCUAGCACAACAUCCCUCAAUUCUGAUCGCAUAGAAGGAAAAUGGCAGUGGGAGAUGCAUUUCUGUCUGCAUUUCUUCAAGUGUUGUUUGACAGGUUGGCCUCACCUGAAUUACUGAAAAUUGCCCAAAUAUGGAGAGUUGAUGUUGAACUAAAAAAGUUGAAAGGAACACUGCUGAAGAUUCAGGCUGUGCUCAAUGAUGCUGAGUUGAAGCAAGUCUGGAAUAAUGCUGUGAGAAUAUGGCUGGAGGAUCUUAAACACCUUGCUUAUGAUGUUGAGGAUAUAGUGGAUGAAUUUGAAAUUGAAGCUCUGAGAUGGAAAUUGGAAGCAGAACCUCAAUUUGACCCAACUCAGGUAUGGCCUCUCAUCCCUUUUAGUCCACGAGUUGUUUCCUUCAGAUUUGCAGUAUUGUCAAAGAUCAAUAAGAUCAUGGAGAAACUGGAGGAAAUUGCCAGAGGAAGAAAGGAUCUUGGUUUGAAGGAGAAAACUGAAAGAAACACAUAUGGAAUCAGUCAAAGACCAGCCACAAGUUCUUUAGUCAACAAAUCUCGGAUUGUUGGUAGAGAGGCUGAUAAACAGAAGCUAGUUGACUUGCUUCUCUCAAAUGACACAAGUGAGGGUGAAGUCUGCAGAAAUGGUGACAAGGUCUUUAUAAUCCCAGUUUCUGGUAUGGGUGGCAUUGGAAAGACGACGAUUGCUCAGCUUGUUUACAAUGAAGAGAGGGUCAUUCAACAAUUUGAACUGAAAGCCUGGGUUUGUGUGUCUGAAGAAUUUGAUCUGAUGAGAGUGACAAGAUCUAUUCUUGAGUCCGCCACUGGGAGAUCAUCUGAUCUUAAGGACCUGGGUCAGCUUCAAGUUAGUUUGAAGAAGGUGCUGAGAGGGAAAAGGUUUUUGAUUGUCCUAGACAACGUAUGGAAUGAGAACUACAAUAACUGGGAUGAUUUAAUGGUUCCUUUAAGAGCUGGGGCACAAGGAAGUAAGGUUAUAGUCACUACAAGAAGUGAAGCUGUUUCAUUGAUGGUCGGUAGCAUUCCAUCCUAUAAUCUGGACGGUUUAACGUAUGAAGAUUGUUGGUCUUUGAUGGCACUACAUGCCUUCGCAGGUAAAAGUUCCAGUGCUUAUGCAAACUUGGAAGCAAUUGGAAAGGAAAUCGUGAAGAAGUGUGGACGUUUGCCUCUGGUUGCAAAGGCACUAGGAGGACUCUUGCGCAAUAAAGUGCUUGAUUCUGAGUGGGAAGAUAUCCUAAAUAGUGAAAUAUGGAAUCUACUGGAUGAAAAAAAUGACAUUCUUCCAUCCCUGAGAUUGAGCUACUAUCACCUUCCAGCACAUUUAAAACCAUGUUUUGCCUAUUGUUCCAUAUUCCCAAAGGGCUAUGAAUUGGAUAAGGAGAAUUUAGUCCUACUAUGGAUGGCAGAAGGUUUUGUGCAGCAGAAACAAAAGAAGCAGAUUGAAGACAUAGGCAGAGAGUACUUUGAUGAAUUAUUCUCAAGGUCAUUCUUCCAAAAAUCAUGUAGCAAUGCAUCAAGCUUUGUAAUGCAUGAUCUUAUCAAUGAUUUAGCACGAAACAUCUCUGGGGAUAUAUCUUUCAGGUUGAAUGAUGCAUCAGACAUAAAAAGCUUGUGCAGAAUUUCUGAGAAGGUUCGUCAUGCAUCGUAUAUUCGUAGCCCAUAUGAUGGGAUGACAAAAUUUGAAGCGUUUUAUGAAGCCAAGUCAUUGCGCACUUUCCUACCACUGGAUGUUCAGCAAAGGUACUUCGCUUGCAGCCUACCGCAUAAGGUCCAAUCCAACUUAUUCCCAGUGUUAAAAUGCUUACGAGUCUUAUCAUUGAGAUGGUACAACAUGACAGAAUUUCCAGAUUCAAUUAGCAACUUGAAACACCUAAGGUACCUUGACCUCUCUCAUACAAACAUUGUAAGGUUACCUGAAUCUAUGAGUACUCUUUACAGUCUACAGAGUCUAAUGCUGAUUGAUUGCUACCAUCUGACUGGGUUAGUUGAUAACAUGGGCAACCUAAUUCAUCUGAGGCAUCUUGACACAAGGGGAAGUUUUAAAUUGCAGAAGAUGCCAGUGGGAAUUGACAAUUUGACAAGUCUCCAAACACUGUCCAGCUUUGUUGUAGGCGAAAAUGGUAGCUCAAGGAUAAGGGACUUGAGGGACAUGUCAAAUCUUCGGGGAAAACUAUGUAUUUUGAAGUUGGAAAAUGUAGCAGACAUCAUAGAUGUUGUGGAGGCAAAUAUAAAGAAUAAAGAGCAUCUCCAUGAGUUGGAGCUGGCAUGGGGUUAUCAUGAGAACAAUGCCCAUUCACAAGACCGAGGAUUUGAUGAGAAUGUACUUGAUGAGCUACGACCCCAUUGGAACAUAAAAGAGCUCACCAUCAAAUCAUAUGAUGGUGCAAGAUUUCCUAGUUGGAUGGGGGAUCCAUUGCUAUCUAAUUUAGCUAGACUGGAACUCAUUGGUUGCACAAAAUGUGAGUCCCUCCCUUCCCUUGGCCUACUACCUUCACUCAGAAACCUUGUCAUUGAUGGAAUGCAUGGUGUCAAACGUAUGGGGCAUGAAUUCUAUGGGGAUGGCUGUUCCCUACAACCAUUUCAAUCACUAGAAACGCUAAUGCUCGACAACAUGCUUGAGCUGGAGGAGUGGUCUUCUGGGGUUGAAGAAAGCGGUGUUAGAGAAUUUCCUUGUCUCCAUGAACUUACUAUAUGGAACUGUCCCAAUCUAAGAAGAUUGUCACCCCGCUUCCCUGCCUUAACAAACCUGGAAAUACGUUAUUGUGAAAAGCUGGAUUCCCUUAAAAGGCUUCCAUCUGUCGGAAACUCAGUAGACAGUGGAGAACUACCUUGCCUCCAUCAGCUUUCAAUACUUGGGUGUCCCAAGUUGAGAGAAUUACCCGACUGCUUUUCAUCAUUAUUAAGACUAGAGAUAUACAAAUGUUCGGAACUGAGUUCUCUUCCAAGAUUGCCAUUGCUUUGUGAACUAGACCUGGAGGAGUGUGAUGGAACGAUAUUGAGAAGUGUGGUUGACCUGAUGUCACUAACUUCCUUGCACAUAUCUGGAAUUUCAAAUCUCGUGUGCUUACCUGAAGGGAUGUUUAAAAACCUAGCAUCACUCGAGGAGUUAAAGAUUGUUGACUGCAGUGAGCUUAUGGCUUUCCCUAGAGAGGUCAGUUUGCAACUCCUUACUUCUCUUAAACGUUUGCUAAUCUGGAAUUGUCCACGAAUUUCAUCUUUACCAGAUGGGGAGGAGGAGGAACUGCCCUCUGAGCUAGGGACCUUGGAAAUUAUGGAUUGUAAUAACAUAGAGAGGCUGCAGAAGGGGCUUUGCAAUCUCAGAAACCUUGAAGAUUUAAGAAUAGUUAAUGUUCCAAAGGUCGAGUCUCUUCCUGAGGGGCUUCACGAUCUCACAUCUCUAGAGUCUUUGAUAAUCGAGGGGUGUCCAAGUCUCACGUCCCUUGCAGAAAUGGGGUUGCCUGCUGUGCUUAAACGUCUCGUGAUCAGAAAAUGUGGGAAUCUGAAAGCUUUACCUGCAAUGAUACUGCAUACAUUAUCUCUUGAACAUUUGGAGAUCAGCGGGUGUUCGUCUCUCAAGUCCUUUCCAAGCAGUGGUUCAGGGCUGCCUGCCAAUGUUAUGCUUAAAGAGUUUGUCAUCAAGGACUGUGUGAAUCUUGAGUCCUUACCUGAGGACCUACACAGUCUCAUUUAUCUUGAUCGCUUAAUCAUUGAAAGAUGUCCUUGUCUAGUGAGCUUUCCAGGAAUGACCAACACUACCAUCACAAAUCUAAGAACGAUGUCUAUAGUUCAAUGUGGAAACCUGGUGGCCUUGCCCCACUCGAUGCACAAGCUUUCAUCCCUUCAACAUUUGAGGAUAACCGGCUGCCCCAGGAUUGUGUCCCUUCCAGAAGGGGGUAUGCCCAUGAACCUGAAGACGUUAACCAUUCUGGAUUGUGAGAAUCUUAAGCCACAGUUCGAAUGGGGUCUUCACAAGCUUAUGUCUCUUUGCCACUUCACUCUUGGUGGCUGUCCAGGAUUGUCGUCCUUUCCAGAAUGGCUGCUGCCCUCCACUCUUAGCUCUCUUUGCAUUAAAAAACUCACCAACCUCAACUCAUUGUCUGAGAGGCUGAGAAACCUCAAGUCUCUUGAAAGUUUUGUGGUUGAGGAGUGUCACAGGCUCAAGUCCUUACCAGAAGAGGGGCUGCCCCAUUUUCUUUCUCGUCUCGUUAUCAGGAAUUGUCCUCUUCUUAAAAGACAAUGCCAGAUGGAAAUAGGAAGGCAUUGGCACAAGAUAGCCCACAUUUCCUACAUAGAGAUUGAUAACAGAGUAAUUCACUGAACAAGUGUGAGCUGAUUAUGUUAUCUUUCACCCCCCAAUAUUCACUUAGGUACAGGGUAGUAUGCGAGGAAGAGGGACGGUAUUAGUCCGGUAUAGAUUGUGAACUUAUUAUCUAACAACUUAAGCUUUUA